CGCAUCUGCACUACUGGAGGAAGUCCGUCGUGUGAAGUCCGCGGCAGCAUUAGAUAGACUGUGAUGAUGAUGAUGAUGAAGGUGAUGAUGGUGAUGGUGAUGAUGAUGGUGAUGAUGAUGAGACUGGAGAAGUGUCUCGCCCCCUCCGCAUAGGGCUGUGUCCGUGCGGUCGCCGUUCUGCUCGGAAAUCACUCGGAGCUCCGCUGCCCACCGGCCGCCCCCGCAGCCGCACAGCACACACCGGUAGAAAUGUGGGUAAACGGGGCGCCCUUUUAAAACGCCCAGCGCACAGAAGCACAGGAGGAUUGUGAUCGGUCGCAGCGCACAAGAUCGGGCGGAUUCGGGAGGAAAAGUCGGCGCGCUGAUGGAACUCGUUUAGAGCCAACGCAACGCAACGCAACGCAGCGCAGCCGCGGUAUUUUUCCACUGCAAGAAUUGUAGUGUGGAGGAUUCACUGCACUGGAUCAAUGUUGUUCAGGAUUACGCUGAAGAUGUGCUGGCUGUGUUAACAGGAAAGGAAGACACUGUGGCACCAUGGGUGAUGGAGGAGCUCUGCGGACAGAGGGAAAUGCCCUGCUGAAAGCUGUGUUCCAGGGCAAACUUCGUCUUGCUCGUUUGCUACUGGAGGGAGGUGCAUACAUCAAUGAAGGCAAUGAGCGAGGGGAAACACCCAUCAUGGCUGCCUGCAUGGCUGGAUAUGAUGACCCACAGACGCGCCAGAAAAUGGUGCGCUAUCUUCUUGAGAAAGGUGCUGACCUGAAUAUCCCUGAUAAAUCAGGCCGGACUGCUUUGAUGCACGCAUGCUCUGAGCGUGCCGGCAAAGAUGUUGUGUCGCUGCUCCUGGAGAAUGGAGCAGACCCAAGUCUCAAAGACUACUCUGGGUCCUCAGCUCUAAUGCAUGCUAUCAACAGAGGUGAUCGAGAAACCCUGCAGAUACUUUUAGAUGCCUGUAAGGCCAAAGGAAAAGAGGUGAUCAUUAUAACCACAGAUACCUCACCAUCAGGCACUAAGAAGACAAAGCAGUACCUGAAUUCUCCACCUUCACCCGGUGUGGUCGACAAACUCUCACCAGCCUGCAUGUCUCCAUCAGAGGUGGAGAUCCGAACCUCAAACUCACCUGCUGGAGAAGAAGAAGAAGGCAUCUUUAGCUUUGCUCUUACUUCUGCUCUUCCAUUGCCCACCAACAGGCCGCCAGGUGAAAGGAGACCACCACCACGCAAGCUUCUCAAAAGACUAAACUCAGAGCCCUGGGGUCUAGUGGCACCAAGUGUACUGGCUGAGAGAGGUGAAAUGUUAGAAAACAGCCUAGCAGAGGAGGACAAGGUGGUGUCAGAGAUGAAUGGCAUGUCAAUCUCUGGCCCAGGCAGACCACUGCUCUCACGCAGACACAGCAUUGAAACUCAUGACCCCUGCUCACCAAAGCUGAUUGAUCGCUCCUGCUCUGAAGAUUGUUCGGCCCUCUGUGGUUCCUCUUGGGCUGAUAAGGUGCAGCAGCAUCAGUCACUGUACCGGAGAAACACAGCUCCGGAGUCGCAAGAGAAUGCCGUUCAUAAUCGUACUCUGGCUCACCCCAAACUUACACGCAUGGAGCAUUAUGAGUCAGAUACACACCUGUGUCCUGAAUCCAUUCCUGGAUCUCCAGAUUCUGGUCGUGUGUCUGUGGAGCGCCGCAAGUACAAUGCUUCACCAUUAUCAUUAGUUGCCAGUUCCUCACGGGAGUCCCUGGAGAGCAUCCCGAACUCAGUAUCCCCCAUCACUAUGAGGAGGAGACCCCCAGGCUUGUUGGAACGCAGAGGCUCUGGCACACUCUUGCUAGACCAUAUUUCACACACUCGACCUGGAUUUCUUCCCCCACUCAAUGUCAACCCCCAGCGACCCAUCCCGGACAUCCGGACCAAUGGCAAGCCCUCUUCACCUGUGCACUCUGUAAACAAGAUACUGCUGCCUGUAGCACCCACAUCACCAAAGCGUGUUCUGGAUUUCAAGAUGAAGAAGAAAUUGAUGAGAAGGCACUCCAUGCAGACAGAACAAAUGAAGCAGCUCUCCACUUUUCAGGAGCUAAUAGCAGAGAAGGUCAUGGAGGUGAAUGGAGACUAAACGAUAUGAGAGAAUGUAUCUAUCUUUUUCUCUUUCGCUAUCUUUGUCACUCACUCACUCACUCACUCACUCACUCACUCACUCACUUACUCACUCACCACUCACUCAUACGCACAUGCAGAAAUACGCUUGCAACUGAAUAUUAAAACCAUGACUAGUUUAAAAUGCAUAAACCAUAUUUUUAAAGACUGAUUCUAUUGACAGUAAAUGAUAGUGAAUAGUCACUAAUUAUGACAGCUGGUGGUUACUGGCUUACUGGUUACUGGCCAUGUUAGCACAUUUGGCCAAGCUGUUCCUUAAUCAUUUCAUUUCUUUUUGAUUUCUUAUAUUUACUUUUUCAUUUUUGACAAAAAGGUCCUAUGAUUUAAAACGUUUACAUUUACAUAAAAAAUUGUUUAAGAAAUGUCAACAAGGAUCAAGUUGCUGGUAAAAUGAUGCGCUGUCCUUUUAAAAGCAUAUCAAAUGGAAAGAUAAAAACUAUCAUGUAAACCAGGGUAAGUGUAAACCAUAUGGCAGCAUUUUCUUUGCUUCCCUAAAAUCAUUACGAUUACUGAAAACCCUCCAGUUUACUGCACACAAAUCUCUAUUAUUUAAGAUGCCUUUUUACUAAAGACUGAUUUAAUAAGGUUGAAUUGGUUGUAGCAUUAAAAACAAGAAUCAAAACCUUUUUUUCAUUGCUGAAAAUGAAAACUAAAAUUUACACCUAUGGUGAAAUGGUGUGCGAUGGGCACUAUAUGUAUGAUCUCAAAUUUUAUUUAAGUGCAAUUCUGAAUCAAGAAUCCCAAAGAGGUUGUUUAAUACCCUUUCACACUCACAUUUACUAAAAUGGGGGAAGAUAUAAAAAAUCUCAAGAUGAAGUACACGGAUGUUGUGUCAUGUGUGCACAAGAGGCAGAGCGCACAUGUAGAUAUUGUACAGAUUUUACAGGCAGUUAAAAUUAGUAUUUUAAGUAUUUCUGUGUGCAAUAUUUUGUGCUGCAAGAUCUCUGGUUUUAUAUUAUUGUGGUGAACAUUCGAUAAUCAGUUCCAUUUGCAGCACGAAGAGAAAUUUGCACUUCUGCAGAAAAAAAAAUGUAGUGUGGAACCAUGGACACUACAAACUAUGUUAACCCUCACAAAAAAUGUAUACACACAUUUGAAAUGAAAUUAUUUUCAGUGUAGUAUUUGUCAGUGUAGAGAGAGAAAUAUCUAUAUAUAUAUAUAAAUAAAUAAAUAUAUUACAAAUAAACAAGAAUUAGUUUAACAAAGCUUAAAAAAGUGUUUAAUAGUCUUGCUUUUGUUUUGUUGAUGCUAUAUUUAAGUGAUUUUAUUUAAAAUAAUAUUCAUUUAUUUAUGUGGAUUCAACUACAUGUACUUUAAAAUGAGAACAACAAAGUAGAGUAAUAUUUUUCUAUACCUCUGUGAUAGCCCAUUUUUCAUCUAUUGUCCAUCUUUUAAAUCAAAAUAAUAUUAUUGCUAUAGUUCUUUGGGUGGAAAAAUCAUCUUUACUUUCAGUGUUUUUUCCCCACAAGCAAACAUUUUUGGACAUUUCUGAAUAAAAAAAAAAAUACAAGCAUUAUUGGUUGUUAUUCGAUUAUGGAUUUAUAUAUUUUUUUUUAAUAAAAACCAUUUGAAACCACCUUUAUAUCAGGUAACAAUAUAUUUUAAAUAGCAAGUAAUCUGGUUGCUAACUUAUUAUCCUUGUGUGUUGUCUCAUCGUCAUUCCAAAAUCUCUCUAUGCUCAAGAGAGCUGUGAGUAGUUGCACUGAGUUUUCCCUGUUUCUAAAUAUCAUUGUGGAAGUUCACAAAAUUCUCUGUUGUACAAAACUCCCUGUGACCUUGUUGAACUUGUGCUCAGGUAUGUCUAAUCAGACCUAAAAAAAAAACAACAAAUAAAUAAAAACAAAAAUGACAAGGGUCUUAAGUUGUGUUAGGCUGUGUACACAAAGGACAUUUCAUGACGUGCUGCUAAGUCUUGUUGGUUAACAGGAAAAUAACAACUGCAUAUCCGAGUGUUUCAAUUCACAUUGUGUUAAAGGGAUAGCAGUUACACUAUCAACAUCUACUUCAAUGGAUUUACUAUUUAUUGUAAUUUUGUAUGUUUGAUGUGGUACACUGAUUAAAACUUUACUGAACUGAAUCAUUACUUGCUAAAAACGUAGAUGACUCUUGUGUUAGCAGUAAGCCUUAGGGACGACAGGCAUUAGGCUAGUGUCCGCGUAACAGUCUGCACAACACCACGAUGGGAACUAGUCUCAUAUUCAUGUGAGACAUUUAUGGUGCUUUGAAUAAAGGCAUGACUAA